AUGACGUUGUCAGCCUCGGUUCCUUUAUCCAAGUCACCUACACCUACACCUACACCUACACCUACACCUACACCUACACCUACACCUACACCUACACCUACACCUACACCUACACCUACACCUACACCUCUCUUCGUGUCAUCUGAUCUUCCUACAUCAUCUCCUAUACCUUCUAGAUCUCAGUCCGUACACCCGAUGGUUACCCAUACCCAUGACCAUACUCGCAAGCCCAAGACCUUUGCUGAUCGUGUUCUUUAUCAUACUUUCUCAGAAUCAACAUCAGAUAUCGAACGCUCAACCUUUACCAAAGCCCAAAUAUGGCCGAUAUGGUGGGAUGUAAUGAGAUCUGAAAUUGCUGCACUUCACUCAAAUGGAACUUGGGUGUUAGUUCCGGCUCCCUCAUGUGCUAAUAUUGUCGAAUGUUGCUCCGAUGACUAUCGGCCUACUACCGGACAUUGCGUGUUUCUUGAACCCAGUGUGAUCAGCUGGAGCUAUAAGAAACAACACACUGUUGCUUGUUCAAGCCUCGAAGCUGAAUACCGUGCUCUUGCACAUGCUGCUGUCGAAUUAAAAUGGAUUUGUUCUCUUAUUGGUAAGCUUCAUAUUAGUCUGCCUAGUGCUCCAACUCUAUGGUGUGAUAAUCUUGGCGCUACCUAUCUUGCAACUACCGCAAUAUUUCAUCAGCGUACGAAGCAUCUUGAGAUUGAUCUGCACUUUAUUCGAGAUAUGAUUUUGACUCGAACACUUUGUGUCAGAUAUGUUCCAACAACUACUCAAGUUGAUAUUCUUACAAAAGGACUUGUGCACGAUUUGCUCAGUUAUUAUCCAACUACAGUGAGUAAAAAAACCUCUCUUUCUCUUCUCUUCUAG